AUGAAAGGAAUUUAGUUAUAGAACUAACAUAAAAAAGAAAAUAAAAUGAAUAUUAAAAGUUUCUACAUCAACGGUUUAAUUGGUGAAGGUAUUAUUGAGAAUAAUAAGCUAGGUGCUUAUUCAGAAGUCUAUGAGGCAAUAUACUUAAAAAAUAAUAGGAAGGUUGCCAUUAAAAAGAUUUAUAAAGAAUCUAUUACAUUAUAAAACAAAUAAUGUGAGAUAUAUAUUGAAAGACAUAUGAUGAAACAAUAUUCAUAAAAACAUCCAAGUACAAAAUUUAUUUAAAAUCUUAAGGUUUGGUAGAAUUUAUUGGAAGCUUUUAAGAUAAAUAAUUCUUAUAUUUUGUAUUUGAACAUUGUCCUUUUGGUGAUUUAGGAAACAUUAUAUAGGAUGUUUAUUAGUUUUACAUCAAUACUCGAUCUCAAGAACUUGAAUAUUUCAUUAAAGUUUACAUCUAUCAAAUAACUUAAGCCUUAAUAUAUUUACAUAAUGAGGGUAUUGCGCAUUUAGAUAUUAAACCAAAAAAUAUUUUAAUUGAUAAAAAUUGCAACUUAAAAUUGACUGAUUUUGCAACAUGUUUAUUUUUCUAAGAAAAUAAGCAACCACAAGAAUUGAUUGAAUAAAUUAGAAAAUAUUAACCAACUCGUAAUAGUUCUCUUUAAAAAAUUGAGAGUGAAUCAACUUAAAAUCGAUCAAAUUUUGUUGGAACACCCGAGUAUAUCUCACCAGAAAUGUUAAAUAAUAGUAGAGCAUCUAAAGAAGCAGAUUUAUGGGCUCUAGGUUGUAUAGUGUAUGAAGUAUUGCUUUAUAUUUAUCUAGUUUUAUCAUGGAUAAUAACCUUUUACUGAUAUUAGUGAGAAUGAAAUUUUUAACAAUAUAGUAAAUCUGAAUUUUAAAAUAGAUGAUUCAAUACCAAAUGAUGCUUAAGAUCUUAUUCGAUCAUUAUUGGUAUUGAAUCCAUCAGAAAGAUUAGGAUAAGAUGAUUCUAAAUUGAUAAUUUAGCAUUAAUAUUUUUAGGACAUUAAACAAGAUUAUAUACCUUGGCAAAUUGAUAUAGAUAUUCCAUUAGAAUAUAAGGGUUUAUUUUAAGAAAUAAUACCAAGCUAAAGUAAAUCAAGUAUUUUAUGGGAGUUUGCUUCUGGAAAUAUUUAGAUGAAUUAAGAAAUAAUGAAGAAAAAACAGGACAGUUUAAAAACUAUUACGGAAGAACUAAAUGAAGCUAUUACUCCAAUUUCUAAUGGAUUAAUAAAACCAUAAAAAAUCUGCUGUUCUCAAUAUUAACCAAUUUUUAAACCUGAACACCCAAUUAUUCAAUCUUCAAGUAAUCAAGAUGAAGAGUCAAAUUUUAAUUUAGUAUUUAAACAUUUUGACAAAUGUAUUGGUUUUAUAUAUUUGAAUACAAAUAGAUGGUUUUGUAUUCCUUAAAUAGCAAUCCUAGUUGGAUACUUAAAACCUCCAUGUUUAUUAAUUGAUUUUAUCAAAGGAGAAAAAAAAUAUUUGCUUAUUGACGAUACCAUAAAGAUAUCGAGUGAUGGUGUUCAUUAUGUACCUAGUUUAGAAAUUAUAAGAUUUUAGAAUCUUCUUCGUUUUUUUAUAAAUUUAAGGAUGCAGAAGCUAAACCAAUAAAUUGGAUCCAGGUUGUUCAAUCAAUAAAAAAUGAGUACCUUAAUAAAUGAUUUUUAUAUUUAUUACUGUUUCUUUUAUUAUUAUUAAUUUAACAAUAUUUCAAUUCAAGAUAAUCUCAUUGAGAAAGCACAAACAAGAAGUUAGAAAUACAAAAAUGAAAAAGAAAAACCUGAAUCUAUCCUAAAUUUAUGA